CCUUCACGGGAUCUCAAGCGGAAACCUCGCGGCCUCUCAGACGAGGGUGGGUUAGCAGGGGCAGCGCCCAACCUCCGUCCCGGACCCACAAAACACCUCGACCCCUGGCCCACCCCGGCCGUCACCGAAAACGGUCCCCCAGGGUGCCUAGGGACUUCCGGAGCCCGACCGGAUCCGGAAGCUUCUGGGAGCGAGGGGGUGGGGCCGAAAAAAAUAAAAAAAAAGCGCGGCGAAAGCUAAAGGCCGGCGCACGCUGGGCGGUGGUGGUUCGUAAGCCGGGCCGCGGCCGGUGCGAUGGACUCCGCUGCCUGCUUGAAGUCCUUGCUCCUGACUGUCAGUCAGUACAAAGCCGUGAAGUCAGAGGCGAACGCUACUCAGCUUUUGCGGCACUUGGAGGUAAUUUCUGGACAGAAACUCACACGACUAUUUACAUCAAAUCAGAUAUUAACAAGUGAAUGCUUGAGUUGCCUUGUAGAGCUACUUGAAGACCCCAACAUAAGUGCUUCACUGAUCUUAAGUAUUAUUGGUUUGCUGUCUCAACUAGCUGUAGACAUUGAAACCAGAGAUUGUCUUCAGAAUACAUAUAAUCUGAAUAGUGUACUGGCGGGAGUGGUUUGUCGGAGCAGCCACACUGAUUCGGUGUUUUUGCAGUGCAUUCAACUUCUACAGAAGUUAACAUAUAAUGUCAAAAUUUUCUAUUCUGGUGCCAAUAUAGAUGAAUUAAUUACGUUCCUGAUAGAUCACAUUCAAUCUUCUGAAGAUGAGUUAAAAAUGCCUUGUCUAGGAUUAUUGGCAAAUCUUUGUCGGCACAAUCUUUCUGUUCAAACACACAUAAAGACAUUGAGUAAUGUGAAAUCUUUUUAUCGAACUCUUAUCACCUUGUUGGCCCAUAGUAGUUUAACUGUGGUUGUGUUUGCACUUUCAAUAUUAUCCAGUUUGACAUUAAAUGAAGAGGUGGGGGAAAAGCUAUUCCAUGCUCGAAACAUUCAUCAGACUUUUCAACUAAUAUUUAAUAUUCUCAUAAACGGUGAUGGCACUCUAACUAGAAAGUAUUCAGUUGACCUACUGAUGGAUCUCCUUAAGAAUCCUAAAAUUGCUGAUUAUCUCACCAGAUAUGAGCACUUUUCUUCAUGUCUUAAUCAAGUAUUAGGUCUUCUUAGUGGAAAGGAUCCUGAUUCCUCUUCAAAGGUUUUAGAAUUACUUCUUGCCUUCUGUUCAGUGACUCAGCUGCGCCAUGUGCUCACUCAGAUGAUGUUUGAACAGUCUCCACCUGGCAGCGCCACUCUGGGAAGCCAUACUAAAUGUUUAGAACCUACUGUGGCUCUACUGCGCUGGUUAAGCCAACCUUUGGACGGAUCAGAAAACUGUUCUGUUUUAGCAUUGGAGUUGUUCAAGGAAAUAUUUGAGGAUGUCAUAGAUGCUGCUAACUGUUCCUCGGCUGAUCGUUUUGUGACCCUUCUGCUGCCUACAAUCCUUGAUCAACUUCAGUUCACAGAACAAAAUCUAGAUGAGGCUUUAAUAAGAAAAAAAUGUGAAAGGAUUGCCAAGGCCAUUGAAGUUUUGUUAACUCUCUGUGGAGAUGAUACACUAAAAAUGCAUAUUGCAAAAAUCUUGACAACUGUCAAGUGUACCACUCUUAUAGAACAACAAUUUACAUAUGGCAAGAUUGACCUGGGAUUUGGAACAAAGGUCGCAGAUUCUGAAUUAUGCAAACUUGCUGCUGAUGUAAUUUUGAAAACUCUUGAUUUGAUUAACAAACUUAAACCAUUGGUUCCUGGUAUGGAAGUAAGCUUCUACAAAAUCCUUCAGGACCCACGUUUGAUUACUCCUUUGGCUUUUGCUUUAACGUCAGAUAAUAGAGAACAAGUACAGUCUGGACUGAGAAUAUUAUUGGAAGCUGCUCCACUGCCAGAUUUUCCUGCUUUAGUACUUGGAGAAAGUAUAGCAGCAAACAAUGCCUAUAGACAACAGGAAACAGAACAUAUACCCAGAAAAAUGCCCUGGCAAUCAUCAAAUCACAGUUUUCCAACAUCAAUAAAGUGUUUAACUCCUCCUCAUUUGAAAGAUGGUGUUCCUGGACUGAAUAUUGAAGAAUUAAUAGAGAAACUUCAGUCUGGAAUGGUGGUAAAGGAUCAGAUUUGUGAUGUGAGAAUAUCUGACAUAAUGGAUGUAUAUGAAAUGAAACUAUCCACAUUAGCUUCCAAAGAAAGCAGGCUACAAGAUCUUUUGGAAACAAAAGCUCUAGCCCUUGCACAGGCUGAUAGACUGAUUGCUCAGCAUCGCUGUCAAAGAACUCAAGCUGAAACAGAGGCACGGACACUUGCUAGUAUGUUGAGAGAAGUUGAGAGAAAAAAUGAAGAGCUUAGUGUGUUGCUGAAGGCACAGCAAGUUGAAUCAGAAAGAGCCCAGAGUGAUAUUGAGCAUCUCUUUCAACAUAAUAGGAAGUUAGAGUCUGUGGCUGAAGAGCAUGAAAUACUGACAAAAUCCUACAUGGAACUUCUUCAGAGAAAUGAAAGUACUGAAAAGAAGAAUAAAGAUUUACAGAUCACAUGUGAUUCUCUGAAUAAACAAAUUGAGACAGUGAAAAAGUUGAAUGAGUCACUCAAGGAACAAAAUGAAAAAAGUAUUGCCCAAUUAAUAGAGAAAGAAGAACAGAGAAAAGAAGUACAGAAUCAGCUAGUAGACAGAGAACAUAAGCUAGCAAAUUUGCAUCAAAAAACAAAAGUACAAGAAGAAAAGAUUAAAACCUUACAAAAGGAAAGGGAAGAUAAGGAAGAAACCAUUGAUAUCCUUAGAAAAGAAUUAAGCAGAACAGAACAGAUAAGAAAAGAGUUGAGCAUUAAGGCUUCCUCCCUAGAGGUUCAAAAGGCACAAUUAGAAGGUCGUUUGGAAGAGAAAGAGUCCUUGGUGAAACUUCAGCAAGAGGAAUUGAACAAACACUCCCACAUGAUAGCAAUGAUCCACAGUUUAAGUGGUGGAAAAAUAAAUCCAGAAACUGUGAAUCUCAGUAUAUAGAUAUUAUGGCAUUUUGGAAUUUGUAAUCUCAUGAUAUUUUUGAUGUAUUUAUCUAUUGGAGGCGGGUGGGUAGGGGAGCUAAUUUGUGACUUCGUAACAAUAAGAAGUUAUUAUCUAAUUUAGUAAAGACCCUGAUCUGAUGCAUGUUUUUUAUUUGAUAGUUUGAAUAGAAAUCUGAUUUUUUAAGUUUUACUUUUUGUUUCUGGCUUUUAUUGCUUAAGGCUUUCUUUGGUUCUUACAUUAGAAAAUCAUUUUUAACCUCCAUUAUCAUUUUUCUAAAGUUCUUUCCUUUUUCUUAGUUGCUUUCUGUUCUGUUUUGUCUGUCUUAUUUAUUCUCAUUCAUGAUUAUUUAGAUCUUAAGACCAAACUUUGUUGGUAUAACAGUCCUAAAGAUUACAAAAUAAAAAUAUAUACAGAGUAAAAGUAAAAAGAGAGAAGGUAUGAUUUUACUGCUAGAGAAGUUUGUCUCUGAAGAAGCACAAAAGAAAAUAUUAGUGAAUUUAAAAUAAUUUUUAUUACUGCUGUGGCAUAAUUUCUAAAUUUGAAAAAAAUGCAAUGGUAAUAAAAUGUAUAAAAAUUAGAAAACCGUUAUUGUGUUAAACUAUUACAUUUAAAUGAUUACAUUUAACACAAUAGCUGUCUCAUAAAAAAUCUAAGAACUUGUAGAAUUAUUUGUAAGGUAUAUUUAGUGUUUUUUUCUCUUUUUUCAAAUGUUGCAUAGUGGUCCAGAUCAUCUAUAAUUAAUUAUAAGUUUCUUAUGAUUUACAUAAGGAUAAUUUGGAUUCUACUCUUGCUGCAUAUUCAGAAAAAUAUUAUUUACUGUUAAUUCUGAUAUGAAUUGUAUUUAAUGUGUUGUCCUAAUAGUUUUUAAUUGGUUCAUUUAAUUUUAAAGCAUAGGUUAAGUAUCUUUAUGGUGUUUUUAAAUACAAGGGUCCUUCUGUACUUUUCAUUUGAAUCAUAUGCUCUAACUACUCUGUAAGAAACGUUUUUACAUCAAUAUUUUGAUUGAUUUUAUUGCUAUACCAAUACAGUCAUUAAUUUUACUUGGUGUUUUCUUCACCAUAUGUCCCUUUGAUUUAAAUGAAUUUAGAUUUGUACAGUUCUGGAAAUUUUUUUAAAAGUAUUAUGCAGAGUAAAACAUUUUAAAUUACUAUUUGUUCUGUAGAGGAGGUACAUUCUGUUUCUCUUUUGGAAUUGCAUGCAGUUUCAACCAAAUAUGAAAAAGUUUAAGUGGAUAGAUAAGACUGAAGAAUAAAAGGUUCUAUAAAAUAAAAGAGACAAAACGUUAAAGAAAGAAAUGAAUGAAUGAACCAAAGACUCUAGGGAAAAUCAAUUUAUCUUUACAAUUUAGACAUCUUGAGACAGCCUAGCCUAGUGCUGCCCUAUACAAUUUUCUGUGAUAAUGGCAGUGUUCUAUGAUGUCCAGUCCCAUAGCCAGUGGCUAGAAGUGGCCAUUGAGCACUUGAAAUUCGGCCUUUGCAACUGAAAAAACUAAAUUUUUAAUUUUAUUAAAUUUAAUUUUGAUAACCAUCCUAUUAGAUAAUGCAGAUCUAUCCCAUUCUCACAAGUAUGUGUUUAAAGAACUCAAUUUGCCUUUUCUUAAAGAUCUAUAUAAUUACCCCAUUAUAUAUAUGUAGUAGCCCUUUCUUAAUGUAAUUUUAACCUGUUUAUUUCUAGUCUUCUCUCCCUAAAGAGGAAAGUCCGUACUGCAGCUUUGAAGGUAAGUACUAAUUAUCAUCCUUCAUCUCUUUCUGUCUCUUGUAACACCUUUCAUGUUGUUUCUAUUGUUUUUCUGAGUGCCUUUACUAUAUCAGUUACUUUUUUUUUCUUGUUGGACUGUGUGCCUCAUAUUUAAAAAGCAAAAGAGUAUGUAAAUAUUUUUUUUCUAAAAAAAAAAUUUAAUCAAAUUUGAACCACCACCAUAGUCAGGGUUUUGUAUGUGUGUAUGCAUGUCCAUUUCCUAAUGAAAAAAACAAAACUUAGGAAGUGCAUCAUUAUAUUAGGAUUACUCACAUCCUCUUAAAAUUUUGCUGGGGAGAGUUUGUCUCCAAAGUAUACAUUAACACAGUUCCUUUUACUAUUUACACUUGCCACUUGAACAAAUAGACACAUCUCAUAAAAUUUGGUUGGUUGAAGUUUAUAUUAAAUUGUUCAUUAAUUUAAUGUCAGGACAAAAAUAAAGAAUGAAACUGUAUGCUGUGUCUUAGGAAAUUAUCAGGUCGGUGUCCUUUUGGGUCUAUUUACUUAUAUGUUAUAAGGACUAGUUAAGAAUAAAAAGAGAUUCUGUCAUGAGUUAGCACUGUCAGUUAAAUGAAAAUGUUUGAAUUUCUACUUCUGCCUUUGGUCAUUCAUUCAUAUGUUACAGGUACUUAUCAAGUUAUAUUCCCUAAAACUCAGUCUUACUGUAAUUUGAUUCUUUUCCUCCCUUCAAAUAGUUAUGAACUAUAUUUACAACUUUGCUUUUGGCAUAUGUACCAUUGUACCAGCCAUGUGUCCUGUUUCUGACUUAAUCCUUUGCAAGAUUUAGCAAACAUUUUCUGUAAAGGGGCAGAUAGUAAAUAUUUUAGGCUUUGUGGGACAUAGUUUCUGUCACAACAACUCAACCCUGAUAUAGUUUCUGUCACAACAACUCAACCCUGCUAUUGCAGCACAAAAGCAGCCAUAGACAAUACAUAAAUGAAUAUGUAUUGUGUUCCAUUCAAACUUUAGUAACAAAACUAGUCAAAACUUUGCUAUUAGAUGUUACAUUUACUUAUUAGGAAAUGUCUUUUUAUGUUUGGUAAUCUUUAUCUUGAGGUCUAUUUUAUUUGAUAAUAACAUAGCCACUUAGUCCUUUUUAUGUUUUCUGUUGGCCUGAUAUAUCUUUUUCUAUCAGUUUACUUUUAACCUGUAUGUUUAUAUGUAAAAUUCAUGACUUAUAAACAAAUAGAGUUGGGUCUUGCUUUUUUAUCAAUUUUGACAAAAUAAGUCCUUUAACAAUCCACUUAGAGUUAAUAUUGUACCACUUAACAUAAAAUAUAGAAACCUUGCAGCUAUAUGGGUCCAUCUGUCCUCUUCUCAUCCUUCAUGCUAUAGUUGACAUGUGCAUUACCUCUGCUUAUGUAGCUAACCUUCAAAACCAUAUGAUAAUUUUUGCUUUAAGCAAUUAUAUGGAAAGACUCUGGCUGUCAACAUCAAUAUGUUCACCUCUUUGCAUGCAGCAAUACAAAGUAGUUUCUUCAGUGUAACACUCCUGUUUUUCCUUUUGGAAAUAAUAAUUAAUUUGUGGCAGAUACUGCAUAUAUGCUGUUUCUCUUCCAACAUGCAUCUGCUACUUUUAGUGUUGUUGAUAAUUCUUACUUGAAUCAGUUAUUAAUUUGAUGGUUGGUUGCCAAGUGGCUAUUUUCCUACUUUUUAAAGGUAGAAAAUUGAACAUUUUGGUAAUUUUAUAAUGUACUGAAAAUAGCAGUCUACAUGACAUCACUCAUAUCAUUCACGAAAUUAAAAUAUAGUACUUAGAGUUUUUCAGUUAAUACAGCACGUACUUUUUGUGCAUAUUCUUACAAGCAAAGCGUGUGAGAUUUGCUUUCUAUAGUUUAAGAAAAUAAAUAGGCAUGUUAAGCAUAUUGAUUUUUUUUUAACUACAAGACCUUUUUGAUAUUAUUUUUCUACCCAAACCCCCUAAUUUGAGAAUUGCUUAUUUAAAUCAUGACAUUCAAUUCAUUUGGGUCAUCACUUUACCUUGGCUCUCAGUGAUUAGCAAUAAAUAUUAAAUGAGUAUUACCCAUAAUAAAGUAUUUUGGAUUAAGAAAAUAAUUGUACAUUUCCAGCCUUCACUAAGUUUACAUUCUAGAUAAUUAACUUUUAAAAAUUAAAACUUGGUCACUGCUCAUGCCUGUAGUCCCAUAAUUUUGGAAGCCUAGGCAGGCAGAUCAUUUGAGGCAGGGGUUCCAGACCAGCCUGGGCAACAAAUUGACACACAUGUCUCCACAAAAAAUAAAAAAAAUUAGUUAGGUGUGGUGACAUGUCCCUCAGGCUGCAGUGUAGUGAACUGUGAUUGCACCACUACACCCCAGACUUAUAUAUAUAUAUGGCCUAUUUUUUAAAAGGCAGAUGUUUCAUUGAUUUUUUUAUAAUGUGAAUAAUGAGCCUGAUAAGUCCUUGAAAUUAUAUGCCUCUGUACUCCAUAAAUUGAGAGGGAACAUUAUGAACUCAAAAAAUCAUGCAAAUCACUUUGAAACCUUAUACAAUCUCACUCAGUUAAGCAUUUUGCAGCGAACUGACUUUCUUCCUGUCAUCAAAGACCUCUGUGAGUCCCAUUUUGUUUAUGCUUGUGUUCAUUUAAACAUUUCAAAACUACCCCAGAAAAAACUUAAUUAUCACAUAACCGUGAAUAAGAGGUAUAACUCUUAAAACCCAGCUUUUUUUGCACAUUAAGCUACAAGUAUCCCUUCAUAAAUGCAAGAAGGAGUAAGCUUCUUUCCUUCCAACUAAAUAUAACAUUUUAGUUGUCUACUUCCUAAGGACCCAGUAUCUAUAUUCUCUCGAUAUCUCAAAAUAUGAUGGAUAAUCCCAGGAUACAUAGCAAAGGACUUUUUACGUGCUGUCCACUACUACAUUAGAGAGUGACAUUUUCAAAGUCAACAGAGUGGAUUGGCUUUCACUUUCAUUAUGUUGUUAAAAACUAAUUUUCCAGUAAGUAGCUGAGCAUUUGGCAGGGAUUUAGUAAUGAACAUGAUUUUGCCUCUCCAUUACAUUAUCUUCACUGUUAUUCUAAGUAUUGUAUUUCAUCUCACUUAUCUCAAAGAGCCAAAAGAUAUAAUGUAUUAGAGUAGUGUUACUCUUUUCUCAAACUUCAAAUAAAAAGGCUUAUGAUUAGCCCUAGCAAAAGACAACACUGUUCAUCUUCAAUUAGGCAGGGUUUUCAUUUUAACUGAAAGUGAAGGCUACUAUCAACUACUCCAUACUAAUUUGUGUAAUACCCACAGUUAAUCAGCAUUUUAGAGCUGAGAGAAUUCUGAAAGAACAGUGAUCCCAAGCCCUUUGUGUGUAAAAACGAUGUGAAAAAAGAUGCAUUCUCAGAAAAGAAGUCCCAUGAUUCAAACACAAACUGAUAUGACUUUUAAAUUACUAUGUGUUGUUAUGGAACACACAGAAUCUUCACUUCUAGCAAUUUAUCUGAAAUAAGGUUGUGCACUAAGAUUUAUGUACAGUAAUAUGGCACAAAAUUGGAAACAAUUUAUACAGUAAUAGGAGAUUGGUUAAUCAGUAUAAGGUACAGUCAUGUAGUAAAAUAUCAUGCAUCCUUUUUGAAAAGUUACUGAAAUAUAUAAUAAGUAUUGGAAAGAGAUUUUUGGUGUGUUAAGUGAAAAAGAGUAAACCAAACUAUUUGUAAACAAUGAUUCAGAUACCUGAAUAUCUUUAAGAUUUGUGUGUGUGUGUGUGUGUGUGUAUAUGUAUGUAUAUUAGAAACACUGAACAGUGGUAACCUCUGCAUAAUGAAAUUAUAAUUGACUUUUUUGGCUUCUAAAAGUACAAUGUUACUUUAACUUUUUAAAACCAUGUUUUAAAACAUUAGUUUGUUAACCACAUCUAGAUUUGAGUUCUGGCUCUACCUAAGGAAAGUUUUUAUUUAAUGUUUUAUUCUUCUGUAAAAUGAGAAUAACACAUACUUGUUAGAAAAAAUACAAAUAAAGCUCAUGGCUUUUAGUAGAUUUUCAAUAAUGGUUUAUCUCCCUUUUGGAGACGGAAUGAAGUAAAAAGUUUUAUGUCCUUUGUCCUUGGUUUCCUCUUUCUCUUCAUCAAACCUUUGGCCAAUUGAGAAAGUAAAAUGAACGGUAAAGAUUCUCUGUUACUUUCGAGAGUAGUAGAGGAUGGAGAGAUUAGGAGUUAAAUCUUUAAAUUGUUGUCUACACCCCAAGAGUAACACUGUUGUUGACUAGACUAGUCUGGGUUGCUCAGACUAACUUAUUUAUAUUAGAUAUCAAUUAUAAGCAGUGUUAAAUUAACAUCUCUUUUUGAAAGAAGUAUUUUUCAUACUUCAAAUUAGCCUUCCCUUAGGUAUCAUAGUACUUUCUAAUUAAUGACUGUACCUACAAAAUUCAUUGUGAGGUUGUACAUUGUUACUUCUUUAAUUUCCUGGAGGAGAUUAUGAGGAAAAUAUGUAGUUGAGAAAAGUUUGCCAAAUUUUAGUAGUAAAACAGUAUGUCUAGGACUUGGAUCCCAUUAUGUUCCCAGCUUUUUUGACAGAUUUAAAAGUUUUCCUAAUCUAUGUUAGUAUUUCUAUUUAGAAAUAUCAUUUUUGUGGUAGCCUCUUUUUUAAAAGUCCAAAGACAUUUAGUGUUAUCUACCUCAAAGUAGAGAUGUAUGUGUUGUGUUUACAGAGAUAAUGAAAAUACAAACCUUUAAUUGUAAUAUCAAGGAAGGGUUACAAGAAUCUUGGGAAUUUGUACAGAAUCCAGAGGAGAGAUAACUCAAUAAUAAAUGUUUGAAGCUGGCUGUGUAAAAACACUUUGAGAGAACAAUAAGAAGCAAGGUCACCCUGAACCGUUUAGUCUGAAUGACAUUUCAUGCAAAUACCCUUCAGAUUAGACUGACUGAAGCCAUAACUUGAAUUGCUGCUAUCCUUGAGCUACUGAAUAAGAUACUUGGAUUAUUGAUGUUGUAGGUUGAUCCAAGGAGCAUAUUUUGUUUGCCAUGUUGCCUGGGUGGAUAUGAUCCACCCAACUUAUGAUCAUACUGCUAAUAUUUUCAGAGGCUAUGUUUCUUUGUAAGGUUAGUUCUGUGGUCAUUGCAUACUAAUCAAAUUUAUUUGUUUAUGCCUCUUUUAAAUCUUUCCCAUUCUAUAAACGAUAGUAUCACCUUAAUUUUACCAACUGUAAGUGUGAUUCUCUAUUUAGGAAAGUGGGGGGCCAGAGGAGAGUAAGAGAUAGAAUAUGAGCACAUGGUACAAAAUUCAAAAAUUAAAAGAUACAUGCACUUUCUGUUUUAACAUGCAAAGAACUUGUCUCUCACUCUCUCAAGAAAAAAAGCUGAACAAACUGAAAAAUCAGUGGCUUCUUUUAGAUCCACCAAAGAAUUGAGGUCACAGGACAAAUCAUCAUUCUGAAAACUGUAGAGAAUACAGUUGAAGUAUGGAUCAACUUAUCUGAAGCUCUGGUAGGAACACUUAAAUUGUAAUUUUGUCGAAUUACUAGAGGCCUUGUGAACUAGCUUGGGAAUUUAAAACUCUUGAGAGCUUUUCCAGCCAACCGUUCUCCUUCGGACAGAACCAUAUGCAGCUAUGGCACCCUACCAGAAUGGCAUGAUCCUGAUGCCUCACUUCCACAAGGAGUGGCAGUAGCAGUUUGGUUCAGUCAGCUGACCCAAAAGAUCCACAGAUGCAAGGCCCAGCAAGCAAAAGCACACCACCGUUGCCUAUCAUCCUGCAUCUGGACCCAUCUAGCCUACAGUAGGAUGUCCCACAGGGAGGUAUCACACCAAAGUAUGAGCUAGCAGAAGCUUCAGCUUAGAAGAGUAAAGGUGGCCAGCAUCCACAUGGUGACCCAGACCUUUGAUAUCUGUGGAUCCAAGGAGACAUUAGAACAAGUCCCUUGAGUCCUGAAAUGCCAGCAACUCCAGUUGAAGGAGUACUACUACAAGCUCAUCUGCUUCCCCAGGAAGCCCUUGGACCCCAUGAAGGAAGACAGCUCUGCUGAACUCAAAUUGGCCACCCAGCUGACAGGACCAGUAAUGUGCAUAUCGGUGUCUUCAAGGAGAAAGCCAGAGUCAUCACCAAGGAGAAGCUCUUUAGUUUAUACCAAAGGAAUAUAAAUCAUUCUGUUAUAAAAAAUACAUGCACAUGUAUGUUCAUUGCAGCACUAUUCACAGUAGCAAAGACAUGGAAUCAACUCAAAUGCUCAUCAGUAAUAGACUGGAUAAACAAAAUCUGGUACAUAUACACCAUGGAAUACUAUUCAGCCAUAAAAACAAAUGAGAUUGACCCGGUGCGAUGGCUCACGCCUGUAACUCCAGGACUUUGGGAGGCCAAGGCAGGCGGAUCACAAGGUCAGGAGAUUGAGACCAUCCUGGACAACAUGGUGAAACCUCGUCUCUACUAACAAUACAAAAAUUAGCUGGGCUUGAUGGUAUUUGCAUGUAGUCCCAGCUACUCAGGAGGCUGAGGCAGGAGAAUCACUUCAACCCACGAGGCAGAGGUUACAGUGAGCUGAGAUCGUGCCGCUGCACUCCAGCCUGGGCAACAGAGCAAGACUCCAUCUCAAAAAAAAAGGAACGAGAUCAUGUCAUUUGCAGGGACAUGUAAAGUUGGAAGCCAUUAUUCUCAGCAAGCUAAGGGGCAUAGAAAACCAAACGCUGCAUGUUCUCAGUUAUAAGUGGGAGCUAAAUUAUAACACAUGGACAUGGGGGGAACAACACACACUGGAGCCUGUUGUGGAGAGGAGUGAGGGGCAAGAGAGCAUCAGGAAGAAUAGCUAAUAGAUGCUGGGCCUGAUACCAAUGUGAUGGGUUGAUCUAUGCAGCACACCACCAUGGGACAUGCUUACCUUUGUAAGAAACCUGCGCAUGUAUCCCGAACUUAAAAGUAGGAGAAAAAAAUAUUCAGUGCUAAAAAUAAAUGAGCUGCGAAGACAUGGAGGAAACUUAAAUGCAUAUUGCUAAAUGAAAAGCCAGUCUGAAAAGGCUGCACACAUUAUUACAACUAUACAACAUUCUGGAAAAGUCAAAACCAUAGAACACUUGAAAGAAUAAAAGAGCAGAGCAAAAAAUAAAUGGAGCAUUUUAGGGCAGUGAAACUAUUCUGUAUAAUACUAUAAUGGUGGGUACAUGACAUUCAUUUUGUCAAAAUUCAUAUAGAACUGUGUAAUACAAAAUGAACUUUACACUGUAGACUAUGGUUAAUGUAUUAAUACUGGUUCAUUAAUUAAAUGUAUCAGUAAUCCAAGAUGUAAAUAAUAGGGGUGCCAGGGGACUCAAUGGACAUACGGAACUAUCUGCCCAAUUCUCAAAAUCUAAAACUUUACUAAAACUUAUAAGUCUUCAUUUUUAAUACAGAAAAAGGAUGAUACAUGACAGUUAUUUCCCUUUCAUCCCUCUCUCAGCAAUCUAGUUACCCUCCACAGAAUCAUUGAUUUUUUUUGACCAGAUUUCUUAUAUAUUCUUAAAGAGAUAAUGCAAUACAUAAAUGUGUAUACCUAUAUAUAUAUAUUGGUGGGCUACAGAAAUGCAAGUAUUUUAUACAUAUUGUUUUGUACCAUUUUCACUACGUGAUAUUUAGGAAAUCGUUUCAUGGUAUCAAUACAUAUAGGGCUUCUUGAUCAUUUUUGACAGUUUCAUAUUUCAUUGAUCAAUAUAGUUUAAGUCAUAUUAAUGGACACAAAUUGUUUUUCAUCUUUGGCUAUGAUGAAGACAUUGCAAUUAUUAUACAGAUGUCAUUCAAAAUAUUACUUAGUUGAAGUGUAUGUACAUUUACAAAUAACCCACUAGCAAUGUUUGUUUCCCCACAUCCUCAUUCCAUUGUAAUCCAAGUUUUUCAACCAUUAUGGUGUUAACAAACUUUUUCAUGGCUACCAUAUAUGUAAAAACUAUUUGUUUCCUUUUCUGUGAAGUGUUUAAUCCCUUUCCAGUUUCUUCUAUGGGUUAUUCAUCUCUUUUUUAUUCAUCUUUUUUUUUUAACUGGGUUCCUGAUGAUCUUUAGUAAGUACAUUUUUCACUUGUCCUUGAUAAAAAUUGCAAAUUUUUUUUCAAUUAGCUGUCAUUUGACUUUAUGGUUUAGCUUUUCUGUGAAGAAUUUUUUAUUCGUAAUUUUUUCGUCAUUUUUAUUAUUGCGACUUGAUAAUGUUUUAAUAUUUUAUAGGAGCAAUCUCUCAUUUUUAUUUGAGAAUUUUCCUAUAAACUUGGUCAUUUAUUUUUCUAUAUUAUUUAUUUUAGACUCAUCUUGUCUAGUUAAAAAAUAAUGUUGACACUUAUUUGAAUAAUGUUGACACUUAUUUGAAUAAUGUUAGGUUUAUACAUUUUUAGAUUAGGAAGAAUUGACAUCUCUAUGAUGUUAAAUUAUCUUUUCUAAAACAUAGUGUAUCUUUUCAUGUGUUCAGGAUCUUCAAUAAUACCUUAUGACCCUCAAUAAUGCUUUAUUUGAAUAUAGUUUUUGUACCUUGUUAAGUUUUAGCUUUUUGUCAUUGUUCAUUAUAUGUUCAUUGUAUUCAUAAAAUAUAUGAAUAUACAUAUUUUGUACCCAAACCAAUAGUGAAUUUACCUGAAGAAUCCAAGAGAAUCACUAAAACUACUAUAAAUAAUACACCCGUUCUGUCAUCUGUAAAAAAAUUUACAUUUUCAUAUCCAAGUUUUAAAUAACAUUUCUCUUAUCCAGAUCAUUUUUUUAAUAUGAUGAAAAAGGAAUUUGCUCUUGGUGUUAAUGGAAACAAUUUUAGUGUUUUCCCAUUAAGCACGAUGCUCACUUUUGGGUUAAGAUAUGCAUGUUUUAACAUGUUAAGUAUUCAUCUAUUUCUAUUUUACUAAAAAUUUUUAUUAAGACUGGGAAUGAUUGUACCAAAAUGGAAAUGGAAUUUUAUCAGAUCUUUUUGAUAUCUAUAAAAAUAAUGUGACCGUUUUCUCUUUUUCUUAGAAUCAUAUCAGUCAUUAUAGGCUAGUUUGUGCUUCAGUAACUAAUAACCUUAAAAUCUCAGUAGCUUUAAACAACAUGGUUUAUUUCUGGCUCAUACUCCAUGUCAGUAGAAUUCCAUACUUUCCUUCCUCCCAGAGCCAGGCUCAUAGAGCAGCCAUCAUCUGGCAUUUUGAGAGUUGCUGUCUGUGGUGGAGAGAAAGGGAACAUGGUAGGUCAGCCACUGACUUUUAAACUUUCCACUUGGAAAUAAUACACAUGACUUUAGCUAACAUUUUAUUCACCAGUGCAAAUCACAUGGCCACAUGGAACCGAAGAAGAGGUCGAAUAAUUCUACCAUGUAACCUGGAAAAGAAUUGGAAGUGUUUGGUCAAUAUAUAAUUAAAUAUAUUAAUACGUUUCUUGAUUUUAAUGCAUCUUAAAUUUCUGAAAUGAAUGUAUCAUGGAUUUUUUUUAGUGUGCUUUUAGAUUCUGUUUGGUAAUAUUUAGGAAUUUCACAUGGAUAUAGUGAGAUACAUUUUAUUUUGUGUGUGCUCAUGUGGGCAGUCUUUGUCAGGGCUUGGUAUUAUUCUAGCUUUAAAAAUAAUUAAGGGUAUUUAACUUACUUUUUAUGCUCCUGUAUAAAAUGUAAACAGAGUUGGAGGCUUAUGUUCUUUAAAGAUUUAGUAGAACUGACCUGUGAAACAAUCUAGGUAUGGGCUUUCUGGGGGUAGAAGAGGAUACAGCCAGGAAACUGUCUGUAUUUCUUCUGUGCUAAUUGGUUUGUUCAGAUAAUAUUAUCUCUAAACUGUGUUCAUUUAUAUUUUUAGAAUUUUAUUUAAUUCCAGGUAUUUGUUUUGCAUAUAUUUGAACAAAUAAGUAUACUGAUAAGCUUUUACCGUCCUUGGUUCUGUAGUUAUCCAUAAAUUAUAUUUUCCUAUUUUA